AAGGUACGUAAAUAUUUCUUAUUUGUAAUUUAUUUUUGUGUCUAACUUAAAAAUAAAUCAGAUAAAAUUGAUCGGCUCACUUUCGUCUGAUAGAGAAGUGCAUUUUAUUUGUGCUUUUGCUUAUUCAGUGACAAGGUCACAAUGAAUGAGAGCCGAACCAGUGUUAUAAGCGCUCGACCUGUGCCAGUGUUUGAAAAUGCAGUUGAAGGAUUAUUCAGCACUAAAAAGGCCCGGGCGCAGACGGAGCGCAAGUACCGCCCGCCGCCGCCGCCCCACCCGGCACGGGUCCGCAGCACUCUGAGCCGCCGCCGCGUCCGCUCCUGCCUGCCCGAGGCCGGCGCGGUGGCUGUCUCAUUUCGUGACCACUCCGACUCGUCGGUCCUCACCAACAGUCUGUACAACACGGCCGACCAGCUCACCUACCUGGACCAGUGCUUCGACGAGAAGCGGCUGAUCGGCUCCGGCUGCUUCGGCGAGGUGUUCAGCGCCCGCAGUAGGAUCGAUGGGCGCAUGUACGCCAUCAAAAAGUCCCGACAGCGCUUCAGGAGCGACGCCGACCGCCGGCGGCGUCUGGAGGAGGUGCGAAAACACGAGCGCCUGCCGCCACACCGUCACUGCGUGGCGUUCCACGGCGCCUGGGAGGAGCGCGACCACCUGUACCUGCAGACAGAGCUGUGCGCCACCUCGCUGGCUGAUGUGGCCGACACGGAGCACAGCAUACCCGAGUCCACCGUGUGGGCCUACAUGGUCGACCUGCUGCUGGCUAUCAAACACCUGCACGACAAUCAGCUGGUUCACCUCGACAUCAAGCCGGAGAACAUCUUCGUGAUGCGCGAGGGCUACUGCAAGCUGGGUGACUUCGGGCUCGUCAUGGACCUCUCCGGCUCGCGUGACCUGGACGACUCGGACGCCAUGGAGGGCGACCCCAAGUACAUGGCGCCCGAGCUGAUGACGGGCCGGUUCUCCGCCGCCGCCGACGUCUUCUCGCUCGGCCUGACGCUGCUGGAGCUGGCCUGCGACCUGGAGCUGCCGGCCGGCGCGGCCGGCUGGCACCAGCUCCGCUCUGGCCAGGUGCCGGCGCCGCUGCGGCGCACCCUCUCCCCGGCACUGCGACACGUCCUGGAGAGGAUGCUGCACCCGGACCCGGCGCGGCGAGCCACGGCCGCUGAGCUGCUGCGGCUGCCGGCGGUGCGCGCGGCGCGCCGCAAGAGGCAGCUGACCAUCCUCUGCUGCACCGCGAUCAGCACACUCCGCGCAGUGCUGUCGCGGCUGGGCGCCAGUCUGGUGGCCAGUCUGGUGUUCGCUCUGUGGCUGCUCUGCUGGCCCGUCCGCUGUGUCACUCACUCGGCACCCGGUGACUCGCCCCUACAGCCGGCACCGGUGGCAGGCACGACCGACGGACCCACGCCCCAGUCCAACGGAACGCCGGCUGCCUGGCUCGAACCCGCCUACAGCGAUGAUGAGGACCCGCUGAAUAUGACGGGCGACAGUCUACAAUCUGAACUCGGUCUGCUCAGCUCCACGCCCGAGCGGGUCCCCGGCUCAGCUGCCUCCGCCGCGCGUCAUCAGAUGAGCCUGAGAAGGGUGCUGCUCUUCAACGAUGACCAGGACGAGGCGGAGGACCCUGUACCGGUGCCUGCAGCGCCUCCCAGCGGUCGGCGCCUCCGGAGGCCGGCAGGCGGCGCCACCGGCGGCGGAGGAGACAGCAGUCCAGUGUCCCGCCGGCGCCACAUGCCCCGGCCGCGAGCGCUCGGGUCGCUGCGCGGUGUCCAACAGAAGCUCGACUUCCAGGCGGCUCGGCUGAGCGAUGACGAUUGAACGCCGCUUGGCGGAGCUCUCUGAGGGACCAGAGAGACCCGAGACCGGUGGGACCGUCAUCCCGGCUUCUACGUCAGUCCUAGGUGGGACCAGCGGCACCCAGGCACAGGACGGGGAGCGAGAGCCCUCCCCGCCGCCUGCCACUAACCAAAACACUGUACAUAGAACCAGAGAGUAUUGUAUAAAAGUGCGUCGAUGUGAACCUGAAGUGCCCCUACGGACCGCGGUGAGUUCACCGUCCGUCAGAACGCCCCUCGUGUCGCUGUGGAGAGGCCCAGUGGGUGUGUCUGAAUGUCCGAUAAGGACGGAGGCCAGCAGAACAUAGCAACACUCGCCACAAUCAGAGAAGAGGGGGGGGGGGGGUGGAGAGUUGUGCCGGUACCAAAUCAGGGUGACUGUCACGGCGUCGGCCGGCCGCGCCGAGAGAUGUGUGUCCACCCCGAGCGGAGGACAAGGCUGUGUAUUUGAACGGGAUGAAUCGCGUAUGUCACUAAGGUUGUCUGUUGUGUGUGUAUAUUGUCGGUGCACUGUCUGCAUCAUGCCGUAGCCCACUCACUGAUAGCAAUACCGUUGAGACCAGGAGUAUUUUAUUUAAUCCCGAUUAUGAUUUGAGCGCGGCUGCGAGCGUAGGGAAUGUCGGCGGUCAGUUGUCUUCCGUAACAAGCUUCCAACACCACUCAUCGUUGAGCGAUGGCACACGGGCGGUCGUGCCUCUUGCAUAGUGCGUAACUUCCUCACACAUCGCCUCAAUACAGUGGGAUAAUGAACGGAUAAAA